AUGAGUACUCCGAACAGCACUAAAAAGCGUAGAGCGCGUGUCCAGGGCGGGUGGGCGGCGCCCACAAAUGUGCGUUCUGAUAGGGAUAAGCCGAAAGCGCCAGUGGGACCGGCCUGGCUGGGGAAAAAUGUCGAUCAACCGGUACAACGAAAGUUUGUUUAUGAAAAACCUGAAGAGGAUAACAGGGCAAUUCCUCCAGAAAAAACUAUUAGUAAGACUGGAGUGUAUGACAUAAGCUCAGAGCCAUCGGGAGUGUCAAGACUGAGGUUUUUUCCUAUCUUUAUUGACCCUGAAGAAGGAAAUGCAAUUUACGAUAUUCUGUAUCAUGAGUUACCAUGGAAACAAAGAACGGAUGUCAAAAAGACGGGGGAAUCUUUCUUGCAGCCGAGACUGACUGCGUGGUAUGGAGAUCAUCCGUAUGCAUACUCCGGUCUCACCCACCAGGAAUGUCCAGAGUGGCACCCCACCCUGACCAUGCUUAAGGAUCGUCUGGAAGAAGUAACGGGAAUCCACUUCAAUUCAAUGCUUGCAAACCUUUAUCGUGAUGGGCAUGACUCUGUGGCCUGGCAUUCAGAUGAUGAACUUUCUCUUGGACCAGAACCAACAAUCGCAUCGCUGUCUUUUGGAGAUACGAGGAACUUUGAACUCAGAAAAAAACCUCCUCCUGAGGAGAAUGGUGAUUACACAUACAUGGAACAUAUAAAAGUUCCUCUGAUGCAUGGGUCACUUCUGAUAAUGGAGGGAGCCUCACAGACAGAUUGGCAGCAUCGAGUACCGCGUGAAUACCAUGAUAAAGGUCCCAGAAUCAACUUGACAUUUAGAAUUAUAUAUCCCCAGUAGUGUAAUGCAUCCUCUCUUCUGUGACACACCUCCGUUAAAAAUUAAUAGGUGUGAUCUGAAUUUGUCUCGUAAGAUUGACGUUUUAAGAAUGUACAAUGAAAAUGCACGGAAAUUAAUUAAGUAACCAUUGUAUUUCUAUAUGAAUAUAUAUGGUAUGUAAACCUUUACCACUUUAUUGGCAUCAGACAAGGGGAUAUUUUGGUGCCCUUUCUUUUUUACAGCUGGUGUGAUUACAUGUCAUGAUACUAAACAAAGUGCUUAUGUAUAGUGAAGCCUACCUAUAUCUGUAGAAAUUCAAUAAUUUCACAAAAGUUACUGGUUAAAUUUUUAUAGAUGGGCAAUUAACUAUUAUACUGUAUUUCUUACAAUUAUAUAGCUUUACUUUCAACUGUCAGUUGAAUUUAAUCAGGUUUUGUGUAACUGGGUUUUGAUUGGUGACUGUAUAUUUUGCAUGAUUUUUGACUAGAGUAUCACGCUCUUUAUGAUGAAAGGUGUGAUAUACUUUUGACUGUAAUCUUUUAUUUGAUCCACAGUGCUGUUGUCAUUGUGAAUAAACUUAAACCUCUGUGUCUCUGGGGUGUAUCAAUAAGAUACAGUUGAACUUCAGUAUCUCGAACGUCGAUAUCUCAAAUACCAUGACUUGCACCCAUCAAUAUAUUCACUUCCUGUUUCUGGAUAUUUCUCGUUUAGAGGCCGGAGUAAAUGUGUUACAGGUUGUUUUGUUUGUUGUGUGAUUUAAUUUAAAACUACAGAAAAUUCAUAUUUGUAAAAAAAAAAGUAUUGGAAGCACAUUUACAUGACUGAGGUAUUAAAUUAUGCUAUUUAUAUUGUAGGCUUACAUGCUAUUGUCUUGCUUGUGAUGAAAAUGUCUGAGAAUUGUUUUCUUUUCUUAUUACGACUUUUAAAUGAAAUAUUUAUUACUUUGUAUACACCAGACGCUGAAUUCAUGUACGCUUCUGUAACAUAUGUUCUUCUACACAUCUGUAGCAUAAUGUGCUGUCUUAUUAUGUAAUUAGAGGUUGGUGUAUUUGUGGGAGGAGGGAUUUGUUACUUUGUAUACACCAGGCACUGAAUUCCGUGUAUUUGUGGGAGGUUCGUGUAUUUGUGGGAGGAGGGAUUUGCAGAUGAGUAAUAAAGUGUGGGCAUUUGU